AUGACCGACCGGGCCCAUUGGCGGCCUCUCUCACGCACCAACAUCCAAGCUGCCCAUACUGUCAUCCAACCGCAUAUCCACACCACCCCUGUCCUGACCUGCCGAACCCUCAACCGCCUCGCCUCUACCCCGCAGUCGCCCGGGUCCCUCCUCGGCACCCCAUUUGAAGGACGAACGCCGGCGAAGCCCAAGAUCAAUUUAUUUUUCAAAUGCGAAAACUUCCAAAGAAUCGGCGCGUUCAAGGCAAGGGGGGCUUUUCACGCCGUUCUGAGGCUGUGCAACCAUGCACAGGCUCUCGCCCUUGCCGCUGCUACCCUGAAGAUCCCCGCGCGCAUCGUCAUGCCACGUAUCUCCACCCCGUCGAAAAUUGCAGGAACAGAAGCACACGGCGCGAAUGUGAUUUUCAGCGGGUCGACGAGCCAGGAGCGCGAGGAGGUAGUGAAGCAUGUCAUCAGUGAAACAGGCGCUAUCCUGGUGCCGCCGUACGAGCAUCCGGAUAUCAUACUAGGACAGGGCACGGUCGGUCUGGAAUUUGAGCAGCAGGUAAAACAAAUGGUGCGGCAGGACCCGGGUCUGAGCGUGCGCUCCGAUCCGGCUCGCAAAGAUGGGGCUCUGGAUGCCGUGAUCACACCCUUGGGCGGCGGUGGGCUCAACUCCGGCGUCGCAACGUGGUUUUCUUCGGGGGACGGGCAGCCCUCAAACAAGACGCUCGUUUUUGGGGCAGAGCCGUCGUAUGAGGGCGCGGACGAUUGUUGCCGCUCCCUCGCAACCGGAACCCGCAUCACAAGCGUGUCAUCGCUGACUAUUGCCGACGGCUUGCGAACACCAGUAGGUGCCAUUCCCUGGUCCGUCAUCUCGAACCCGGAGAAGGUCCGUGGCGUGUAUGCAGUAACGGAAGAGCAGAUCAAGGCCGCAAUGAGAUUGGUGCUGGAGAGAAUGAAGGUGGUGAUAGAGCCCAGUGCAGCCGUGGGACUGGCGGUUGUGUUGUUCAAUGAGGACUUUAGGGCGCUGGCUGAGAAGGAGGCAGGCGAACAGGGGUGGGAUAUGGGCGUGGUAUUCAGCGGAGGGAAUACAAGCAUCGAAGCAAUGGGCCAACUGUUUUCCUGUUAG